GCCACGCUUUCCCCUCCUAGACAGCAGCCCGAAUUUGGCUUCUUUUCUAACAUUCGGAGGUUCAGGCUGUUGUGGGGGGAACGAAUUUCGUAUUUAUUUCUACGACUAUUCAUAACCACUCAAUGAAGAAAGGGUCUCAUAGUCUUCUUUGUAGUCAAGAGGAAAUUCACAGUAUAGUUCACUGGUAACUUUCCCCGUUUUGAAGCCCGCAUUAUCAGUUUUGAGUGGGUCGCCCUUUCUUUUCUUUACGCGCUCUCAGAAAUUAGUGUUCUUUUGUCGUAUUUAUUUAACGUUUGGUAGGAACAACCAUUUGCCUCUAUCAAAGUUGUGGCAGCUGUCUGGUGUCGUGCUACUACCCCCACGGAUUAAGUCGCCACAGCCAGGGAUGGAGAAACUCUAUCGUUAGCCUCACACAAGAGAGAAGUGUGUGUAUGUGUGGCGGAGCGGGUCUCCCGGUGUUCGGCCUUCAGUGAGCUGGAUAUACCGCCACAAUGGGUUGCGGCUUACGGAAACUGGAGGACCCGGAGGACAGCAGCCCAGGGAAAAUUUACUCCACUUUAAAACGACCGCAAGUGGAGACUAAAACUGACACAGUUUACGAGUAUGUAUUGCUGGACUUCAGUUUAGAAGGCAGCCGCCCCACGGUGCAGUACCUGUCCUCCCUGUGUGAGCUGCCCCAGGCCCUGCUGCCCUACUACACCCAGGGCUACGUGCUGGCGGCGCUCCAUCCCAUCAUCCUCUCCGUCGGCCGCACCAGGGCUCUGCCCCUCAGCCUGCUAUACAGAGCCAUCAUGACACGGCCCAGACCAAGUAAGCAUGCGAUGCCCAUGUGCCACAGUGUGCCUGUGUUGAGGGUGGAGGAGUGGCCUCUGCCCGGAGACGUCCUGACCGGCGACACUGUCAGAGCACUUAUCGACAGGGUGAACAGCAGUGCGAGAGGAGGGGUGCGCUUUGUGUGCUCGGUGAUUCAGCAGGCUGGAGGUGGCAGCGGGAGCCGGAUGUCCAGCCCCACGAGGGGAUGCCGCUCCCCGCCACGGAGCCCCCCACGCACACCGCCUGGGGAGAGGGACCUGGAGAACGGAGGCUACAGUCCAGACCUGAGGCUAAUGGUGCUGUUCCACUCCUGGGCCGCUGGUUGUACCCCGCUGGACGCCCAGGGAUGCUGCUACCACCAGGGGGCGCUCUCCAUGCGCGUGUCCAGGAAGGGCCAGGUGGUCAGCGCCCUGGAAGCUGACUGGCUGGAGCUGACCGCUGCCUACUACCGCAAGGGCUGGUCAUUGGUCGACUCGUUUGUGUACUGGGACACGCCCAAAGGUGAGCCUGUUCCCCGGUCUUUAGAAGGGCUAUUCAUAUACGAGGAACGCAGCAUGACCGCUCCAGCCAAUGACACCAUUGUGGUGGAACAGUGGACGGUGAUUGAGGGCUCGAGUGUGAAGACAGACUACGGUCCGCUGCUUCACACGUUGGCUGAGUUUGGCUGGCUGCUGACCUGUGUGCUGCCCACACCUAUUAUACGCCAUGACAGCGAUGGGAAUUUGGCCACAAAGCAAGUUGUGUUCCUGCAAAGACCAGUGAAGGGUCCCUCGGUACAGCACCAGAACCAGGCUGCGUCCGGGCAUAGUGAGGUGUCCAGUCGGUCCGUGAGUCGUGGUGUGAGUAGCCCUCAGAUGGAAGAGCUGUCGCCGUGUUCGGGGGGCAUCGGUGGCUUCCCGGUGUUCGGAGGUGGCUACUCCAGUGCCCUCUCUCACCUGGAGGAGGGCGGCUUUGAACAAGACGAUGGAGCGGCCGAGGUCACGUGUAUGUGACCCCCCCCCUGAUGAUGGCGGAUCUGGCUGCCUGAUUUCUACCAUCUUCCUGAUUUCUACCCUGACCCUAAAUGACUUGACUGGUUGAAUGCAGAAGGACGCUUGUAGGUUGCGCCGUUCGGCCAUGUUGUAUUUUGCAAGCCAGCGUGCAGUGAAAUGCCACAAAGGGGGUGGAGUACGUACCGGCCCUGGUAAAGAAAUUGGGAUUUGUCAAAUCUGAGGUUCCUUAAAACCCUCCUAGCCAAGAGCGUAUUUUAGAAUCACUUAGCACUUUUAAUUUCAAAGCCAUAUUUACCAUUAGAAGUAUUUAUGCAUUUUCGUGGUCAUCUCAGUGAGGUUAUUUUAUUUUUAUAGGAAAGGCCAGCAUAACUAAAAACCGAGAAAAAAACUAAACAAAGCACAAGUACACAAUUGUUUAAUUUUAGCACCACAGUUUAACUCCGUUAAAAGCAUUCGCAUGCAUUAUCACUGACAUAGUAAAAGCAGGUGUCCAUUGGAAGCCAAGGAAAAAGGAGAAAAUCUUACACACAACUUUAUUUGCUGACAACACACCGGUGGUGGGAUGCAUCUUAAGAGUUUGAUUCCGUCCCUUUGAUUUGAGAAUCUUUUUUUUACCCAACAUCUUCCUGUUUUUGUGUUCAUUUCACCUUUUAUAUUUACGUUUCCCACCACGUUGGUUUGUUCGGUUCAGUACUUCACGGUCACAAAACAGCCUGCUUCUGUCACACAGACACAGACAGACACAGACACAGAGCAAAACAAAGGAAAAACUGAUUUCUUUUGUUCAUAUCCUGUCAGCAGUUACAGGCAGGAUGUAAACAUUUAUCAGGUGUGUAUAUCCUAAGGUGCUCCUGACGGUACUGAGAGUGUCCAGACCUCAGUCAUAACACUAAACACCACCAUCUUCUUUUGGAAACACUCAAGCUUCGACCGGGGAUUCACAGUUCCUGCCAGGAGGUGUGUGUGUGUGUGUGUGUGUGUGUGUGUGUUUCUUUACAUCUUCAGACAUGUAAUGGAUGGUGGGACCAAGACUGAAACUACUGUAAUUGUGGCAAACACUUAAAAUGUUUGCAGUGUCAAAACUACACUAGCCAUAGAAGAUGAAUGGUGCUCUCCAUAAGCCAAUCCACACAGCAUUAUCCUCAGCUUCAGUAUGUGCUGUUCUGGCAUCAUCUUGAAAAUGUAAGGUACCGAUAUAAACUGUUCAUUGUUAUAGUGACAGCAGCUGCUGUUUUCAUUAGGGAUUUGACAUUAUACCAUGCCAGGAGUUCUUUAUUUUGUCACAUAUCACACAGAAAUUGUGGAGGGGUCCUAUGAGAUUUGUUUUUUUUUUUUCUUCUAAAGCAUUCUGACUUUAUGGUUAUAUAUGAUGAGUGGGCUAUGCCAAUGGUUGAAACUAUUUCAGAUGACCUUCUCCUUUAGUCAUGUAUAGUGUCCUGUCCAUUCAGGCAAACCUCUGUACGUGUUGCUUAUGACCUUUGACCUUUUUAAAAAUGCUUAUACUAGAACCUCAAGCUGCUGUACAGGACAAGUAACCCAUGAAAAUAUUUUAAGUCUUGUUUUAUAUUGACAGAUUUUUUUAAGAUGGUAAAUGCCAUCAGAAUCAGUAUUACAAACCUGCUGCAGUAUUUCAAUUUCAAUAUUGUAAUUUCUGUAGGUGUUUAUAUAAAGUAAAGUAGAUAUUUC